AUGCCUCCACGACGCUCGCAUCAGAAGUCGCGCCGAGGUUGCCUAACCUGCAAACGGGCCCAUGUCAAAUGCACCCAGACGGGACCCCCUUGUGACCGCUGCAAACUUAGGGGAACAGCAUGCGAGUACCUAUAUGCGAGUCCAGACUCUAGCAGCCUUGCACAGGCGCAAGAUCCGCCAUUAUUGGACCGUGGGGCUCCGGUGGCGGCCACGGAGGAGGAACCCCCACCGCUGUUCCUGAAUGAGGCUGGCUUGCUGGAACUCCAGCUCAUGCAUCGCUGGUCGACGGUGACUUACAAGAGCCUGUGCAGCAAGGUGGCCGAGGAUGAUUAUAUCUGGCAGAUCGCCGUGCCGCGGUGGUCGCUGCAGCACGAUUUCCUCCGCGCGGGCCUUUUCGCCCUGGCCGCCUUCGACUCGGCCAGCUGUUGCUCAGCACCCUCUGGAUUGCCAGACCGGGCGAAAUACCUCGCCGUGGCCGUCGAGUACCAGACCCAUGCGCUCAACAGUUUCCGCCGUCGGCUCCAGCAGCACCAAGGAAUCACCGACAAGGAAACCUGUGAGGUGUUGCUGUGCUUUUCUCUCAUGCUCAUGGUGCUCGCGCUGGCGUCGUCGCAGUUCAUGGUUGAGUUGGCCUGUGGCUCUCAAGGUGGCGGUGGCGGUGAUGACGACGAGAGUAUGGUGCUCAACACGCUGACGCACUUUGAGCUGCUGCGCGGAUGCAGCACUGUUCUCGGUGACACGGCAGAGCAAUACCUGGCCCAGAAUUCCUACAUACAGAAACUCACACCUUUCGAGAUGCUACCUCGAUCGCCGUUGGACGACGACACGGCCGUGGCCCUGUCCCAACUGAUGACGGCCAAUAUGCGGAGAAUCAACUCGACCGUGGACGAAUGCUGCGAGCACCAGGUCCAGCACGCCGCACACUCCGAAGCGUGCAAGAAGGCCAUCACCAUGCUCGAGGAAUGCUUCGCCAAAUGUGUCGGCCAAGGCAAAGAUCUCGACUACCAAGGCUACGUGUUGGGCUGGCUGAACAUGGCCGGCGAGGACUAUGUCUACGCCAUCAGGGCCAAUGACCACGUCGCGCUCCUAGUGUUGAUGCACUGGGGCGCGCUGGUUGAGAGACUCGGCCGCCGCGUCUGGUGGGCCAGAGACUUUGGGAGGCUUCUGGUCGAGGAGAUCUCUACAAAGGCACUCCAGAGGCAGACGGCCGAUGACUUGACCACGGAUCUCAUCGCUUCGGCGAGAAGGAUAAUGAAUGGCCCCGCAGUGUGA